AUGUCCCCAUAUGCGCAGCACCUUCUCAUCUCUACGGGCCAGUCGGAUUGGACUUCCAGGAUAGAAGACGAACACAAUAAUGGCACUGUAUGGGGGAAGGUCGUCGGAGACGUCAAGGCGUUGCUGGGGAGGCAUGGACCGUUUCACGAUCCCUAUAACAAUAUUCUUGUCAAUACAUCGUCGUUCACAUCUAGACCAGAACCGACGCAAAGACAACAAGGAACCAGAGAGGUCAACGGUGUGGAGGCGCUUAUUUUCCCAGCGUUCCGACGCUUUACACAGCUAUCACCUCUCACUGAGAGCAGAACAACGUCAAAGAACGCAUCCUCCCCAUCAACCGCUGAUUCAGGCAACCUGAACGACUUCAUCCGCGGUUACCUCCUCCCGGAGCCCAACAGGCUACAUCCUAUCUACAAAGACGUCCCGGAACAGGAGCGGGCAGCAAAAACCCGGGACGCUACUGCCGCCUCCAAAUUCCACAGCAGCCCAAUCACGAACCCGACGAUAUUGAUUUGCAGCCAUCAUCAGAGGGACAGUCGAUGUGGGAUACUAGGCCCGUUAUUACAUGAUGAAUUCAGAAGCUAUAUCACUCAGCGGAGGCGGGAUGCUAAAGGCAUAAAGCUCGUCACUUCGCAGUCUCCGGGAGAAUUUGUUGCCUCCGACAACGAAGUUUCCGGUGAACAUGGUUCAGGAGGAAAAGAGGACAUCCAGGCAGAGAGUCCAUCAUUAGACACCACCUUCAAAUCCUCCGUCUCGAACACGUAUGCUUCGACUUCCGAUUCCCUGCAGGCUCACGUUAAUGUGGGUAUGAUAUCCCAUGUGGGAGGACAUAAAUGGGCAGGGAAUGUGAUUGUAUACAUCCCUCCAACUUUUACGUCAACCCGUGACGCGAUGCCUGACUCUCAGCAUCCAUCAUCUGACAUGUCUCAGCGGGCAUCUGGUGCGCCACCACCUAAUCCACUGAGGGGUAUGGGGAUCUGGUAUGGCCGGGUUGAACCGAGACAUGUAGAAGGGAUCAUUGAACAGACGAUUGUGAGGGGGAAAGUGAUUGAAGAGUUGUUUCGUGGCGGGAUUACCGCGAGUGGGGAGAUAUUGAGGUUGUAA